AUGGAAAAUCUGCCGCAGGAUGUUUUACGGGAAAUAUUAUCAAAACUGUCUGUAAAACAUCUUUGCCAACUCAAAUGUGUAUCAAACCAAUGGUUCAAUCUCAUUUCUGAUUCCUAUUUCAAGAAAUUAUACAAUAACAGAUCAAUCAAGAAUCCACGGUUGCUUCUAGUUAAGGAAUCCACCGUAGGACAUCCCUCACUUUUUGGCGUGCCAUUGUCUAGAACUCUUUACAUAUCGACCAUGGAUGUUUGUACCGGACGAGUUGAAAAAGUAUUGGCGAGAGAUAUCGUAGGGAAGCGUUACAGUUUCAUUUUUGGACACAACCUCGUGUGCUACGAAAAGUUCAUGGGAAUUGCUGUAUGUAAUCCGACAACUAGUGAAAUUGUACACCUUACUCUUCCUUCGCAAUUAUCAAUCAGUUACAACUUGGGAUAUCUUCGAACCACGAAUGAGUAUAAGAUCGUCCAUUUGUUCAAACCGGCUAAUCACGAUGGUGGAAGCAGGGCCAUUGGAUUUGAGAUAAUCACUCUACAAGACGGCGGUCCUGUUCCAGGAUCUUGGAGAAGUCUAGCGAAUUGUACUCUUAACUGGAAGAUUCAGGACAAUCCAAUAGCUUCGGCUAGUGUUAAUGGAGCAGUCUAUUGGCUGAUCUACGAAAAAGCUGUUGAAGGACGAAGAAUUCAUGACAAAAAGAGAAUCUUCAUGUUGGGAUUGGAAAACGAACAAUUUGAAACCAUAGAGGCCCCACGAGAAGAACACUCGACUGAUGUUAAAAGUACUAGAGAAACCGAAGAAUUGUUCGAGUUAAGAGGGUUUCUAUGUUUAGCAAAUUACUCAAAGAAAUCAUCUACUAUGACUAUGUUCACUCUCAAAGAUCAGCAGAAUCAGACAUGGAUUAAGGAAUACGUUAUUGACGUGUACAACCUAGGACGUCAUAGUUUUCGAGUUGCGGGCUACAUAAGUUUAGAUGAUGACGAUGGUAAUAACGGAGAAAUAAUAAUUGUGAGAACAAGAGGAAGACCACUUGUUUACAACACAAAGACGAUGAGUUUUAGGAAGGUGGGACAGCCUAAUAAAGGGAAUGGUUGCUAUCAGAAUCUCUACUUCGAUAGGUUCUUCUCUCUGGGUACCAGGUAUCUAAACAAUACUGCAGAUUACAUAGGUAGAUUGUACUGUUCAAUAUCUCUUUGGCUUGUUCUGGCAAUGGGGGUAGAUUUGGCAGAUUCAAGGCGCGAAAGAAGCGUUGAGAUGAGGGAUCAAGAUGACCCACCUAUGAGGGAGAGAUGGGGUGGAGGAUAUGAAGAUGUGGAAGAAAAUGUAUCUGAUGAACUAAGAGAGUCAGUCAAAUACCGUAGCAAAGAUAAGAGCAAAAGCAGUGGUCAGAAAGAGGAUAAAGAGCAUAGGAGUAGAGAUCGUGAAAAGUCAAAGAGUGAGAUUUUGAAGGAAACAGAGAAAGAGAACAAAGAUUUAGAGAAAGAGAGAGUAUCCAGUAGGGAUAGGAGGAAGGAGGACAGAGAUGAGCGGGGAAAGGACAAGACACGGGACAAGGUAUGGGACAAGGAUGCUGAUCAUGACAAGAACAGGGACAAAGAGAGAGAUAAAGACCGUAAGGACCGGGGGAAGGAGAAGGAGAGAGAUAAAGUACUGGAGAAGGAUGGUGAGAGAGUACGAGAUAAAGAGGGGGUAAAAGAUAAGAGCAGAGAAAAGGCUAAAGAUAGGGAAAGGACAAAAGAGAGGGGGCGAGAAAAGGAGAGAGAAAAGCACAAAGAUAGGGAAAGGGAGAGGGAUAGGGAAAAUGACAGGGACAGGGACAUGGGUAAAGAAGCAGUUGAGAGAGAGAAGGGGAAGGAGAGAACUAGGGAGAAAGAAAAGCUGGCAGACCAAGACAAGGAAAGGGCAAGGGAUAGGGAUAGAAGUAGUCGUAAACAUAAGGAUGAGAGUCGUGAUCGGAACAAGGAUUUGGAAAAGGACGGUAACUCAAGAUUAGAAACUAAUUAUUCUCAUGAUAAGCAUAUCACUCAGGAGGGAAUGGAUUAUUUUGAUGAGGACAACUCCAAAGUUCUCAAGUCUAAACAAAGUGCCGAGGCUGAAGGUGCUAGAUCUCUCCAACCAGCAUCUGAGUUGGAGAACCGCAUUUUGAAAAUAAGGGAAGAAAGAUUGAAGAAAAAGUCAGAAGCUGGUUCUGACCUAUCUAAAAUAUUUGAGGAGGAGGAUAACAUCAAUGGAGAAAGUGAUGACGAGGCAGCACCGCAAUAUUACACUGAAAACCUAGGUGGGGUCAAAGUUCUUCAUGGGCUUGACAAAGUACUUGAAGGUGGGGCGGUUGUAUUGACACUCAAAGAUCAGAGUAUACUUGCUGAUGGUGAUAUCAAUCAAGAGAUUGAUAUGCUUGAAAAUGUGGAAAUGGGAGAGCAAAAGCGGAGGAAUGAAGCUUAUAAGGCUGCAAAGAAGAAAACUGGGAUUUAUGAUGACAAGUUUAAUGAUGAGCCCGGUGCUGAGAAGAAAAUACUUCCCCAAUAUGACGAUCCGGUUGCUGAUGAGGGGAUAACUCUUGAUGCAAGUGGACAUUUUACUGGUGAAGCAGAAAAGAAACUGGAUGAGCUUCGUAAAAGAUUACAAGGAGUUUCUGCAAGUAAUCAUGUUGAAGAUCUGAAUUCAACUGGGAAGAUCUCAACAGAUUAUUAUACCCAAGAAGAAAUGCUUAAAUUUAAAAAGCCCAAGAAAAAGAAAUCAUUGAGGAAGAAGGAGAAAAUGGACCUAGAUGCUCUUGAAGCAGAGGCUAUUUCUGCUGGAUUGGGUGCUGAGGAUCUUGGUUCUCGAAAUGAUGGCAGAAGGCGGAAUCUUAGGGAGGAACAAGAGAAAUCUGAAGCUGAGAUGAGAAGCAAUGCUUACCAGUCUGCAUAUUCUAGAGCAGACCAGGCGUCUAAAGCACUUCGACAAGGAAAAACACAUACCAUGAAGCCAGAAGAAGAUGAUGCUCCUGUGUUUGAUGAUGAUGAUGAUGAGCUCCGGAAAUCAUUAGAAAGGGCGAGAAAAUUAGCAUUGAAAAAACAAGAUGAGAAAGAAAAAUUUGGUCCGCAGUUGAUAGCCCCAAUUGCUACCUCCAGUGCCAAUGAUUCAACUGCGGACAACCGAACUUCUGGGUCUGGAGAGCCACAAGAGAACAAGGUUGUCUUCACGGAGAUGGAAGAAUUUGUCUGGGGUCUUCAGCUUGAUGAAGAAGCACAAAAACCUGAGAGUGAAGAUGUUUUUAUGGAUGAAGAUGUGGCGCCGAGCACAGCUGAUCAGGAGGAAAAAGAUGAAGGUGGUUGGACAGAGGUGGAAGAGACAAUGAAAGACGAGACUCCUGCUGAGGAGGAAGAGGAGGUCGUUCCUGAUGAAACAAUUCAUGAAUCUGCUGUUGGAAAGGGUCUAGCUGGGGCACUCAAACUUCUUAAAGAUCGAGGGACGCUCAAGGAAACCGUUGAAUGGGGUGGACGAAAUAUGGACAAGAAGAAAAGCAAACUUGUUGGAAUUUAUGAUGACGAUAAAGCGAAGGAAAUACGCAUUGAGAGGACAGAUGAGUAUGGACGAAUUUUGACACCAAAAGAAGCCUUUCGUCUGCUCUCACACAAAUUCCAUGGAAAGGGGCCUGGAAAAAUGAAACAAGAAAAGCGCAUUCGGCAAUACCACGAGGAGCUGAAGAUAAAGCAGAUGAAAAAUGCAGAUACACCAUCACUUUCUGUGGAGAGAAUGAGGGAGGCUCAAGCUCAAUUGAAGACACCCUAUCUUGUUCUCAGUGGCAAUGUUAAACCUGGGCAAACUAGCGAUCCCAGAAGCGGAUUUGCUACUGUUGAGAAGGACUUCACUGGAGGCUUGACCCCCAUGCUUGGAGAUAAAAAGGUUGAGCACUUCUUGAAUAUGAAGCGCAAGUCCGAGCCUGAAGAUAGUGUCUCCCACAAGAAGCCUAAAACUUGA